AUGACUUCAAGACUGGAUCACACCAUAGUGAUUCCAUCGUCCCCGGAGCAGAACUGGGCUCGAUCUGUGUCUCCAUGCACACCGACACGUCUUUUUGGGCUUCCUCCCAUGAGUAUUUCUCCUCCUUCGCUGCCAUCACCCUCCAGAUUGUUCGAAGAGAUCGGUUUGGGACAGCAAAAAAACCCACCAUCACCGAAAUCGCCGUUCUCCAGCGCUGCUGGAAAAACCGCUACUUCGAAAGCCAUUACCGAGAAUCCGUCAAGGAACGAGUCAAGCUCAAAGAGAGGGCGACCUGGAAGUUCAGAAGCUAAGACGGCCGGAAGUCGAAAGAACUCAAAGUCGCAGGAAACGCGGAACAAAAUCCUCACAGGCCGAGUCGCAAAACCUACGACGGUGUCUAAAGCAAAGGCUACAGCAGCCUCGAAAUCGAAAGAUACAAGUGUCGUGAAAGCAAAAGCUGGAACGAAAAAGAGCAAGCCGGCCAGCCAAAACAAGAAAGAUAAGCUCGCAGAGGAAGCGGAAGCAGAGGCGAAGGAAGUCGCGGACGCGGAGGGACUCAACCUAGAAGAAGCUCUGAAGCGUAGAUCAGACUGGACUCCUCCAAAAGCUUUGUCUUUGGUUUCAAUUGAUGAAGAUACCCCGUCUCAGGGUAGUGGUACGAAACUCAGCUUCGGUGACGUUUUACGCGAUUACCACUACAACCGCGAAAAUAGCUCCUGCGAACCGGCGCAACCGAGCAAGGAAGGCAACCCUACAAAAAGACGGAGACUAGAGCUCGUCGAGUUCGAGGUCUUACAAGAGCGGAAACCUAUCCAACAGAAACAAAUCAAGGAUGCAGUGAAAACGCGAAAAACAAAAUCGAAACCGAAGAAACAGCUGAAUACAAUUACAGCUCGUGUAACGGCUCGCUACGAGCAAAUUGGCGAGCUGGAAGAUCUAUUCGUGUAUAACGAAGAGUCGUCCUGCGAGACCAGCGAGUGUUUAAAGAAACCUACAAAACCGAAGAAGGAAACAGCUGGAAAACAAAAAGAGCCGGAAUACAUAAUACUUUCCCCCGACGCUGCGACAAAGUCUUUGAACGAUCAGAAUUUUCUGUUCGGGACGUGUAGUCAAUUGGAACGAGAUGAUUCUCCUACGUUCUUUGAAGAAACGCAGACAGCGAUACAACUCUCGGAAUGCCUUACUUUUAAGAAGACUGCUUCCACGAUAACAACAGCUUCUUCGGCCAUGAGUAUUGCGACUAGAUUUACAGGCAAAAAGAGCCACUGGUCAGAGGCAGCUAGAGAUUUCAACGGUGCUGUGGUCCAACCAGAGAUCAUAGAUAUGACAGAUUCGCCUACUGUUUCUGUUGCCCUCAGCCGGCUGUCGGAGGUCAAGCAUGACGCGCCAAAAAUGGCGUCCCUCGUUUCCUCCCAAAGCGUCUCGGCGACGAACUCGUUAGUCCCCAAGGAUGUUGUUACGGCCAGCAAGCCUGCAGCAGAUGUACAGCUCGCCUCUUCUGGCCCUGAGCCUAACAAGACCGAACUCGCAGCUGGACCUUUUAGAAAGACUGCAAGCCGGUUGCCAGAAAUGCCCAACUUCAACGGCUACACCGAUUCAGAGCUCAAGAACCAAGUCUUAUCCUACGGUUUCAGUCUCAGAGCUGUCAGAGGGCGCAAAAAGAUGAUCGAACUGCUUGACAAGUGCUGGCAAAGUAAGCAUGGCAAUACAGCAACUGCUGCUAUUGUGGAAACAUCGUCGUCGGCAGCAAUCAAUGAGACAGUGUCUGUUUCUGCUGCCAGACAUUCAGACACUCAAGUUAGCGACAAGCUACCAACCCGAAAGAAGAAGACUACGCCAUCUAGAUUAGAGCCCAAGACAACCAGCCGGGCUGGAAAGAAGAAGGUAUCCGAGAAGCCAUUGGCAGGAAAGGCUGAUAAACCGGUAGAGAAAGCCGCUUCGCCUAUACCUGCAUCGACCUAUAAUAUGGUAGAUGAAAUCGAAGACUCCGAAGAAGAGAUUAUCCCAUCACCAACUCGGAUACAAAUACAACGUCAGAGCAGUAGUCGCCAAACUACUCCUGCAAUUAGUUGUCUUCCUCUCGGCACAAAGAGCAAACGGUCAUUGAAAUCUACCAAAUCCUCAACUUAUGAUGAGGCUACUCUCCUAGAGUUACAGAGCUCAAUCACAAAAGCCAUUCAUCUGCAGACUCGGCCCCGAAGGUCCUUGGGCGGUAGCUCUUAUUCGCCACAACUUACCUGGCAUGAGAAAAUUCUACUUUAUGAACCUAUCAUCUUGGAAGACUUUGCGGCCUGGCUGAAUACUGAGGGCUUUGCAUUGGCCUGUGAAGACCGAGAAGUUGGCGUAGCACUUGUUCGCACCUGGUGUGAGAGUCGAGGCAUUUGCUGCACAUUCCGGCCUUGAGUGACUGGUAGAGUGUUAUGAACUAUGGCAUUAUCAAGCUUAACUUGUUAUAUAUGUUAUUACUGUGGUAUACUAUUUCGUCGCAUAGCGAUGGCGUUUUGAAGUUUCAGAGCCUAUUUACGAAGCA